AUGCCCGCUCGCUGUGUCUUGGCCGUCCUUGUGGCCCUCUGUGCCGCAGCUGCCGUCGGCGUGGCAGUGCCAGCACAUGCGACCGCCGAUGGCGUGCCCGUAGUCGAGAUCAGCCUCGGCACCCCAUCGCAGAGGCUGAGGUGUCUGCUCGACACCAGCAGUGCUGACAUUUGGGUGCCUUCCAAGAGGUGCAGCGGCUGCGCCGCGGGAGGCCAGACGUUCGACGCCGACAAGUCCACGACCUUCUCGCCCCAGCUGACGGAUGGACGUCCGACGCCGGUGGAGAUGACCUACGACGGCAGUCGCUUCUAUGGGUACGAGGCGCAGGAGACGUUGUCGCUCGGUGAUCUCGAGCUCAAGAACCAGACCUUCGUGAUCGUCGAGGAGACGGACCUAUGGGAGGGCCGGGCAGACAGCCCCGGGUGGGACGCAGUCUGCGGUCUGGGCUGGAUUGGACUUGCCCUGGCGCCCGCGCCACUCUACGAGCACCUCAAGGAAACGGGGCGGGAUGGCCUUUUUUCACUGGUGCCCUCCGCAGGCAGCGAGAUUAGCUUCGGCGUCGGCGAGCACGUGGAGGGGUCACUCCGGGCGGGCGCGCUUGCGUGGGCGCCGGCCGAGGCGAUGACCAGCGCGUCCGCUGGAGGGGGCGGUCGCCAGCGUGGCUCCUGGACGGUGCGCGGCGGCGUCGCCGUCACGAAGGAGCAGCCCACAGAGGUCGUCUUCGAGGCGGACACCGGGGCCAGCGAGGUCCUGCUCGUGCCCCCGCAGGACUGGGAAGCGCUGGUGGGGUCGCUCUUCCCAGAGGGCGCCCUGGACCGCGCGUGCGGGGGCUCUUCUGCGAGCGAUCCCUCUGAGGUGGAGCCGCUCGUCUGCGAGUGCUCCGUUGCCGAGGAAGAGAUGAACCCGCUGCGCAUAUUUUUUGGCAACGCAUCGUUCAACCUGUCGUUCGGCGACCUCUUCGCCGGGGCGCCAGCACCCGCGCAGGGGAGCGGCCCCGAGCUCUGCGAGCUGCAGAUUCGGAAGAGGCAAGGGCACAGGGUGCUCCCUGGCCUGCCGGGCGGGGCGCUGCCAGAAGACGGAGGCUUGCUCGGGGGGCCGGACGGAGGCCUACUGGGGGGCCUCCUGGGCUCCGCCCUGGGGAACCCUGGUGCCCAUGGCGCGCCAGGCCACGGAGGGCUCCUCGGUGAGCUCGGGGCCACCCUCGGGGGGCUGGGCGACCGCGGCAACGCGAGCGCCGGCGAGCCCAGCGGGGUCCCCGGCUCGAGUGGCAACGCCCUCGGCCUGCCAGAUCCACUCGUGGGCGCUGGCCCCGACGCGCCCGACUGGGGCUCGACACCCGCGGAUGGCCUGGUGGGCGAGUUGCUGAAUGCCACGGGGGAGGCCCUGAGCAACGCGCUGAACACCACGGCCUCGCUCAACUCCUCCGCGCGGAACGCGUCCCUGCAGGACAACCUGACCCACGACUCGGUCGGAGGCCUACUCGGAGGGCUGCUCGGAGGCCUCCUCGGGCACGAGGCGACGGGCGGCGAAAGACUCGCAGGGCUGCUCAGCGGGCUGAUGGGCGGGCCCGCCGGUAGCAAUUCCUCAGAGGGCGGGUCAGCACCAGAGGGCCCCGUGCAGGGCACGCAGGUGGUUACCACUGUCACGCUGUCGAACGGUACUGUCUGCACGACGACGCUGGUGACCGAUGACAGCGGCCGCACGCGGAAGAACGAGACCGAGUGCACUGAGCCUCCAGCCCCUCGCCGCCUCGACAGCGACUGGCUGCCGGCCCUUGGGCACGGUGCCGAGGGCCUGGGCGAGUGGGUACUCGGCAGCGGCUUCCUCCUGCGCCAUGCGCUGAUCCUGGAUUUCGACGGCGCCAGGCUGGGAGUCGCGGAGCUCGCGGAGCGGCCGCCCCUGAGGGCUGGAGGCGGGGCGCCGGCGCCCGGCGGCGGCAGCGCCCCGGCGAGCCAGUUCGUCGUCAAGGCCGAGCGCCUGCACCUCUCGCAGGACGUGCGCAGCUCGGGGGGCUCCGCCGCCUCGCCGGCGACGUGGGGUGCCCUGGGGGCCGCGCUGGCGGGCGCGCUCGCGCUCGGCGGCGCGGCAGCCGGCAUCCGCUGCGGCGCGUGGUCUCGGGCCCGUGCGGCGGCCCUGCCCGCAGGCGAGGCGGAGGCGCAGCUCAGCCAGAUGGAGGCGGCGGAGUGA